CCUUCUUUGUAAAUUACUGCAAUACUAAAUUCACAAACAAGGAAAGAACCCCAAAAUUAAUUUGAAGGGUAAUCUGGUCAUAAAAUUUUCAGGGUUCCCCUGGAUGUGUGGUCCCAGUUCAAUAAUGGAAUCAAACAGGGCAUUGUCUCUGCUGUCUGGAAUCUGGAUUCUGUAAUUCCAAAAACAUACCUUAAAAAACACUCAGACAAACAAAAGCUCAACAAUAAAAAAAAACCCCAACAAUGUCUCUGACACUAAUAUCUUUCCUUCUCACCCUCUUCCUUCCUCUCACCGCCGCUUCCUCAAUCCAAGACCUCCUCCGGAACAAAGGCCUCCCCGCCGGUCUCUUUCCUGAAAAUGUCAAAGCCUACAGUCUUGAUCAGGACGGUCGCCUGGAGGUGCACCUGGAGCAACCGUGCAUGGCCAAGUUUGAUGGUAGGGUGUACUUUAACAGCGUGGUCCGUGCUAAUCUCAGCUACGGUGGGCUGGUGGGUCUCGAGGGUCUGUCUCAGGAAGAGUUAUUUCUGUGGCUUCCGGUGAAGGGUAUAAUCGUAACGGACCCUUCCUCUGGCUUGAUCUUGUUUGAUAUUGGCGUUGCUCAUAAAGAGCUGUCCCUUGCUCUUUUUGAAGACCCUCCUGUCUGCAAGCCUCAAGAAAAUGUGUCAGAGAAUGUUGGGAGGGAGACCAGGGAAUGUCAAGAUCAGAGAUGAGAUUGUUUAUAUUCCUUCAAUUUUUCCAAGGAGAAUUUUGAUCUCUUUUAUUAUAUUCUUUUUGUUUUUUAGAUGUUAAUAUGGUGAUAAGAUUUUGCAAUUAAAGUGAUAAGAUUUUA